AUGUAUUACGCCUACAACUCUAUUCAUUCGCACCCAUUGCACGGUCCCCACAGCUUAUUUGUGGAAAUGUCAAAUAAGCGCUCUUCUACUGCAGCCCAGAAGCCUCCAACAUCGCUGGCUAAAUCGGUUAUCAUCUCAGAGCAAGCUUCACUAAUAGGCAUUAAUCAUAUUACAGUUGGUGCCAACACCGUUAUUCACCCUCGAAGCAAGCUGAACUCUAUGAAUGUGCCCAUAAGCAUAGGAAAUAAUUGUAUUAUUUCAGAGCGGUGUAGAAUUGGUCUUCAGGGUGACUCAUCAACUUCUGAAGUUUUGAGCAUUAAUAUAGAAAAUGGGGUCAUCAUAGAAACUGGAGCAGUCGUUGAAGCAAGUAUCAUUGGUGAAGGCUGCAUCCUGGAAGUCAAUUCCAAGAUUGGGAAAGGGGCUAUUCUUGGAAAGUUUUGCAAGAUUGGACCAUCAUGCGAAGUUAUCGACAAAGAAAUAAUCCCAGAUUUUACUGUGAUCUAUGGAACAGGACAACGCCGGAUAGAUACUAGCGGUAUUGAAUCCUUAAAAUUGAAAAUGGUGGCGAAACAGAUAGAUGUCCUAAGAAAGCUAAUCCCGAGUAGUGUAGCUCACUUUAAUUGA